AUGAGGUACAGCGUGGGUGGAACCGUCCACGCUCUUCUAAAGUUCACCUGCCAGGGCUUAAUGAGCUGGGACAUUGAAAAAGCGAAAUCCUCAAGACGUAUCUUUUGCAUAGAUGGAUGGCAUUACAAGGCGAACGAGCUCCAUCUGCCCGGGUUUGGAGUUAAAGUUGUUCCUCUCCUAGGAUGGCUGCUGGGGGACUAG